UUCAUUUCGUCAAGCAAACACCCAAGAUGGAAGUUAUGCCGGCGACGAUGAAAAUACUGAAAAGAGUGACAACUCUGAUAAUGCAGAAGAAGGAACACCAAGGUCAAGGUAGAGGAAAGGAUAAGAAAAACAGUCAACAGAAGGCAGGAAGCAGUAAAAAGAAAGUUGUUAGAGAGAAAAAGCAGCAAAAGAAGCGUAAAACAAGUGACAAUCAAGAUGUUGAUGAUACAACAAAAGCUAUGCCACGAAGAAAGAAGCAUAAAGCUGAUAAUGUUGGUGAAGUAAAAAGGAAAAGUGAACGAAACCAUGCUCCAUCAAUUCACACUCAGUGGCCUUACACGGCUGAGAAGAAAAGGCACCCAAUUGUUCAUCCCUUUGAAAAAGUUAAUACAACACGGGUAGAACUAUUGGCUAAAUGGAAGAGUUCAAGGAAAACAAAGCCUCUAACAAUUCUAGGUAACAAAGUUGAUGCCAAGUGGUUCACAACACUUGAGACGCCAGGAAAAUCAAUAACAGCAGCUCAUAUUGAUCCAGCGGUCCAGCUAUAUAAGCAAAGAAAAGAAAGUCAUCCUGAUAUUUAUGUCAACAAAGAUGUGACAUUAGUGGAUUCAAAAUUCAUUCAGGCGAUUGAUGAUUCCUACGCGAUAUUUCUUGACGACAAAGAUGGCUUUGACUUUGAAGAUGAAUGUUUCAGUAAGGUGUUUAAGGAGAAACACACAAAAGUCACAUUUGCACCAAUGUGUGUCGAGCAACGGUUGUGGAUACCACUGGAGAUUAAUUUGGCCUCACGAUCAAUCCAUAUCUGGGACAAUGCAUCAUCAUUUUUCAGUGAUAAAAAGAAAAAAAAACAGGUCGAAGCGUAUGCUAGAUCAAUGCCAUAUAUAUUGCACAGAAGAAAUUUCCAAUGGUAGAGAGGACUGAUGACUCUCCUUUUAAUUCCUCUCCUUUCCGUGUCAUUCACCUAUCCUCCUGUACACAGGUUAAGAAGAUUGAAGAUAGUGGUGUGUACAUGGUAAAGAUAAUGGAAAGCUAUGCAAUGUCUGAAAGGACUAAUGACGAGUUCCUGGAACACAACAUUGCAGAUAUCCGAAAGAAACUUGCGGUUGACAUAUUUGCUGAAUUAGGAAAGACAUAGGACUAUGGAUGACUGCUAAGGAGUAUGGAGAACUAGGACAUAUUUUAUUUUAUUUUUGGAAACUAUGUCGAUU